AUGGAAAGAGUUUUAGAAAUUGCUUAUUCAUCUGGAUAUUGGAUGAUGGAGAUGGCAACGGAUUUUCCAAAUACCCAGUUCUUUGGUAUAGACCUUGAAUCAAGUGCGCCAGACUUGGUAUACCCAAGAAACUGCUUUUUCGGCCAAGGAGAUUAUUUAAAAGGACUGCCAUAUCAAGAUAAUUUCUUUGAUAUGGUACGGCUUGACAUGAUGCACCUUCGAUCCUUAUCAACCUUGGACCCAAUUUUAUUUUUGCUCUCAGAGGUCUUUAGAGUGACUAAAAAAGGCGGAUACAUAGAAUUUUGGGACUCAGAUUAUAAUUCAAGUCCUUUGUUAGAAAGAUUGACCGGUAUCCGCGUGGGAAACGAUCACAUAGAAAAAUUAUUGACAGAACAGGGUUUUGUCAAUGUAACCCAAAAAAAUGUUGCUAUACCCCUGGGUAAAGGAAGCACCGUGGGGGAAUUUACGGUGGAUAUAAUAAAAUCUUUUAUUGCAUCAAUUGAUGCACGGGAAGAUGACCUUCUUUACCUGAUCGAGGAAUGUGAAAAGUAUGACUCUCGGAUUAACGUUUUUUCCGGUUUUGGACAAAAACUUUAA